UGUUCGCGUUUCUUUCCAUCCCCACUGUACACACCGCUAAACACGGUUUGCCAAAGUUCUACAGUGCACCUUAGACAGCAUCGUUAGUUCGGCCCGCAGAACUUGGGUGGAGUCGUCCAGCGGAUCGUCAUGGACAUCGCAGUACUGGCGCUGCUAUUCGUCCUGCUGGAUCCCGCAACGCCAAAGACAGAGCCAAGUUGCAACCUGAAAGGACAGAAAGAGAUAGAUUGGAACAAGUUGGCGAGUAAGCGAUGGUACGCAGCCCUGAACGAGCUCAAAUAUGCCAAGUACAAGAUGUGCAACGAGAGGCUUAUCUAUCCCAAGGAAGGUCGCGUUGUUUCAAUUAUAAUCCCGACUGAACCUGGGGCUAAAAGUUGGAACAAUACCUUAAAUGAAGGCAAGCUGGAGUCUGACAGAAUUCGAUUUCCUAAAUAUGACGCGAGAAUUGGCGAGAUGGGUCGCGUCGUCUACUACUACCAAAUCGUGGACACGGAUCAUAACACAUGGGCGAUUGAGCACACCUGUGGAUAUCAGGGAAGUAGAUUCGUGCUUUUGCUGUCCGAGAAGAUGCAAGACGUUCCGAAAGCGGUAAUGUGGCAAGUCCGGCGAUCACUGCGGAAAGCGGGAGUCAAAGACAGCUAUCCUUGGUAUGGAAGUGGUUGCCUCAGCGGAAAGGGCAGUGACGAUUAUAUCAAUAACCUUUCACUUGUACGAGGGCAUUGA